AUGAAACCAUAUGAUAACUGUAUUUAUCGGUAUGCGCCAUUACUUAUAAUAUCACAAGUAAUGGGAGUUAUACUUGGUUUAACUUACAUCAAUUCCAGCAUAACUGGAACACAACAUUGGACUAUAUCUAAAUCGCCAUUUGUCAUCAAACAAAAUGAUUUAGUCAUACAUCCCGAUGCUAAACUUGUCAUUGAUCCUGGUGUUCGUAUAUUGAUCGGUGCUGGACUGUCAAUUAAAGUGAAAGGUGCUAUUUAUGCGAAAGGAACUUCAGAUCGUAGAAUUGUAUUCACCAAAUGGAAUCCAACUGAUGAACAUGAUUCUUCAUUUAAAUACAAUGUAAAAAGAACUUCAGGAAUAUCACACAUUAACUCGCUUACUAAUCAACCUUAUUAUAAAAUUAGAUUAAUAACUGGAAAAUUUAUUCAUCAAGGUGAACUGCAAUUAUGGUUAGCUAAUAAAUGGAGAUCUGUUUGUAGUCAAAAUAAUGAAUGGAGUAAAGCCGAUACUCGUAUAGCUUGUCAACAACUUGGUUAUUUCAAUGGUAAUUUUUCAUUUGGCUCACAAUCAUCAAAUCAAUAUUCAAGUGUACAAAUCAGUAAACCUAAUUGUUUCGGUAAUGAAACCAAUCAACUGGGUUUAUUCUCUUGUCCUGGUUUAAUGAUGAAAAAUAUCACUUAUGGCAGAAAUAUAUGCGAUUUACAAGAUUUGGUUAAUUUAAACUGUUGGGGUGUAAAUCCUAAUCAAUUUGUUGGUUAUUGGAAGGGAAUAGAAAUUAUUAAUGCAACUCAUAAAGAAGUGAAUAUUCCUGAAGAAUGGGGUGGUAGUCAUGGAAACACACGUUUAAAUGUUUCUGCAUCAAUAUUCGAAUAUGUAGACAUUCUGUAUGCAGGUGUGAAUCGAUCAAACUAUCAAUCAUCAGCAUUGAGUUCAACUCCCUAUCCACCAAUUCUAAAUCAUGUCUAUUUAGCUUAUAAUGCUCAUCAUGCUAUAAACUUUCACAAAAUUCGUGGUCCAGCAAUACUUGAAAAUGUUACAAUAGAAAAUAAUCAUGGACAUGGUGUAAAAAUCACAUCGCUGAUUGGUUAUAUUCAAUUGAAAAAUGUCAUAUCACUUAGAAAUAAUGGUGAUGGACUGAAUAUUGACUUAUUAAGUGGUUCACAUUAUCAUUGGCCAGAAGAAACACUUGAAUUCAUACAUAAAGCUUAUUGGGUUUGUCGAUCGGGUUCAAUACCAGCUAGUCCAGUAUUUCCAUUUUUAAUGAUCGUUGAACUACCUGGACCAACAUUUAAAUCAAAUGGAAUAUGUGAAUUUCAUGUUACUUCAGAUCAACCUGAUCAAAUUAUAACAAUUACUCUACUUGAAACAAUUCAUGAUUCAAUUGCAUUUGGUACCAUUGAAAUAUGGGAUACAUUAACAAUGAAUUUAAUUGCUAAUUGGUCAUUAAUUAAUCAAACAAUGAUGUUAAAUCAACAAAAUCAUUCUACAAAAUAUCCGAAUUUACAUUUGCAUAGAAAUAGAGGUCCAUUAAAAGGUUUCACAUAUCAAGGUGUUUCAUCCAUUAGAAAUGCUAUUCGGAUAAAAUUUAUUUGGAAAAAAUUAGUAGAUCGUUUUAUUUGUUCAGAAUUUACUAAUUGUUUACGUGCUUUACUUUAUUUAUCAGUUAGUCGAAGUAAAUUAGCUGAAGUAACUCUACAAAAUUCAAUUAUCAGUCAAAAUAAUCAACAUGGCCUAUCACUUUACAAUCCAUGGACAUAUAUUCAUCUAGAAAAUAAUACAUUUGAACAAAAUCAAUAUGAAGCUGGUGUGAAAAUUCUUGGCGGAUCAGCUGAUAUUCUUGUAAAUAAUAAUCGCUUUAUUAAAAAUCAAAAUUCCGGUUUAAAUAUAAGUAUGACUGGUGGAUUUAAACAAAUCAAUAAUUCAUUAUUUUAUAAUAAUUUUGAACAUGGUUUAGUCAUUUCGAAUUUUAGUCAAUCAUUCGAUCAGCCAUUAUCACGUCAACCAAAUCUUCCAGCAAAAACACAUGUCUAUCUAUGUAAUUUCACAGAAAAUUACCAUGAUGCAAUUCGUUUUGAUGAUUCAUGUUUUACAAUGGAAAUUUUAGUAAAUUUCACAUCUUUCUUCAACAAUCAUCGUAAUGCUAUCAGAAUUUACUCAUGCCUUUGUAAAGAUUAUAAUAUGAUCACUAAUUUCACUGUAGCAUUUAGUUCUUUUUAUAAAAAUCAAUACAAUGCAAUCAUUAUCUCACCAAUAAUAAAUAUCAUUGGACAUAUAAUAAAUUCCACCUUUGAACAACAUUUCAAUGGUGUAAUUUUUAUCAAUAAUCCUGGCAAUUCAUUGAAAUUACAACAUGAAUUUCCUGUGAAUUACCGGAUUGGUUAUAAUGAAUUUAUUAAUAAUCAAGGUUCAUCUUAUAUUGUACAUUUAAGUUUGAAUGAACAAUCAACGUUACAACGUUUAGAUUUAAUUUAUAAUAAAUUUAUUAAUAAUCGCGUUCAAAUUAAAUCCUCAUCAUUAUUGAAACCACGUUCAGCAUGCCCGGCUGUUAUUGUCAUUGGUUCAUCGAAUGUACACAUAUUUCGUAAUCAUUUAUGGAAUCCUUAUUCUGAUUUUGAACUUGCUAGUCAUUUAUCAUCACCCGAUAAACAGAUCAAUGCUACAUUGAAUUAUUGGGGCAAUUUACACGAUUGGUCAAUUAAUGAUUGGAGUGUUAUGCAUCAAAUUGUAUUCAAUAAAAUUUUCGAUCAAAAUCAUCGUUAUACACAAGCUAAAAUCAGUUAUCAUCCAUUACUCAAAGAUUUAAAUCUAAGAAGUGAAUUCAUCACAUCAAAUGAACCACCAUAUAGACCAGAGUUUAUACAACCUACUACCAUGAUCAAUGGACCAAUUUAUCUUGGUGGUCGAAUUCCAAUUGAACAAAAUAGAGAAGUGAUUUUAAAACCACUACAGAAUGCCAAAAGUUUUUAUCAUGUAACUAAAGAUAUUUACAUUCCAUUCACUGGACGUCUUAUUAUUCAACCUGGAGUGAAAUUAUACUUUGAUUCUGGUGUUGGUUUAUUUUCUCAGGGUGAAUUAAAGUUGGAAGGAACAUCAGCUUCUCCAAUUAUUUUUGAUCUUUAUCGACAAGAAUUAUUCAAUACUGAUGAAAUACAAGAAAACUACAUGAAUUAUUCAAAAUUGCCUAAAUCUCUUUCAAAUAAUAAUGAUAAUAAUAAUAAUACUGUACGUUUAUCUGGUGGUGAAUGGUCAACUGAUAAUAAUAGCUAUUAUGGACGUUUAGAAGUAUGGAUAACAAGAAUGGAUGAAAGAUCUAAUUUAGAAAAUGGUCAUUGGACUAUUGUUUGUGAAGAUGGUUUUAAUGAACAUGCAGUCAUGUUAGCAUGUCUCAGUUUAGGAAUGGUUGCACAUCCAAAAAGUUGGCUACCACCAAUUAGUAUACGUGAAACUACUAUUGAAAAAGCAAACACACUGAUGAAUCAGUCACAAACUUCACCAAUUCGUAUAGCAUAUAUACAUUGUCAAGGCUAUGAAACUGUCCUAACUGAAUGUGAAUACACUUUGGAAUCGAUUGACUAUACAUUACAAACAUGUAUCAAUUCUAUGGAUUUAAUUAUUCAAUGUCAUCGUCCCAGAUGGAGUGGAUUACGUAUUAGUGCAUUAGAUUCUAAUUCGUAUACACUAAUUUCACAUGUUCAAAUACAUCAUGCUGGUUUAUUAGAUUAUACACGUAUGGAAUAUAUGCCAAGUCUACAAUUGGAUUAUUUUAGUGGAACUAUUAAUAAUUUAAAAAUCACAAAUAGUUUAUCUCAUGGUCUUGUUAUACAAUACAGUAAUCCAUUAUUAGGUAUAAAAAUUAUCAAUAGUCAAUUUAUUAAUAAUUUCGAAUCAGGAAUAUUAACUCAUACACCAUGGUUUAAUGUAAUCAAUUGUCAAAUUAGAAAUAGUCAAAUCAAUGCUGGUUUACAAUAUAAUCGAAUGAUGACAAUGUCACAACGAUUAAUAUUUCAUGCAAACAUUAUACCAACAUUAACUUUAUUCCAAAAUGUUGAAGAAAACUUCAAUAAACUAACUACUACUACAACCACAACACAUAGUUCAUUGUCUGAAGGAUGGAGUUUAGUGGAAAGUUAUGUAAAAUUAUCACCAAACGGUAUAAUAUUUGUAAAUGUACCAGUUGGUAAAAGGAUGGAAAAAACAAUUUAUCGAACUGAAUUAUCAACUCACAAUGAAUAUUAUUUUCAUAAAAUUAUUGUGGAUCUCUUAGAAUUUCCUGGCAGUUUUCUAUCACCAACUAGUCAACAACAAACAGAAAAUUAUCCUAAAGCUUGUAUAGGUCCAUUAAACCCAUUGAAUAAUUCUAUAUUACCAGCAAUCGGUUACAAUAAUCCUAUCCAUUGUAAUCAUUUCAAUAAAUCUUACUGUAUCACCGCAAAUAAAACAAUCACAAAAGAAGAAUUAAUUAUCUAUGAUUCUGGUUUUGAUAAUUUCAAUCCAUUUCAAGUGUUUAAUUGGCGUAUACCAAAAGAUUUAAUUCAUUUACCAUUAAUAUCAUCAACAAAUAAAUUAAUUAUAGAAUUACGUGUAGAUGGUAUAAAAUCUGGUCAAUUUUUAUUUAGUAUUCAAGUGAAAAAUUUAUUCAAUCAAUAUAACACUCAUCGGAUGAAUGAUUAUGCUGAUAUGAUGAAAAAUAUGCAUGAUAAUUUUUAUACUACUAAUAUUGAUAAAAGUAAUAUAGAUUUUAAAAGAAAAAAUUUUCAACAUGAUCAAUUUUAUUCACAUUAUUCAUUGAGACCGAAAUUUCUUGUAGAAAAUACACUUUUGGAAGAUAAUUUAAUUGGUGUUAAAUUAUUCCAUUAUAAUAAUCCAAUGGAUAGACAGAAUAAUCAAUUUUGGCGAAAUCAAUAUGAAACGUUUAUUUUUCAUAAUGUUCAAUUCAGAAAUAAUCAAUAUACUGGAAUGAGUAUACAAUCAAUCACACAAUUCUCUACUACUACUAAUAAUGAUUGGUUCUAUAAUGAAGAAAUUGAUCUGUCUAUGGAAGAAUCUCUAUCAUUGAUCAAUUAUAAUAUAACAAAUUGUGAAUUUACUAAUAAUCAUUAUGGUAGUCUAAUUAUGCAACAUAAUCCCAAUGAAUAUUCAAAUAAUAUUUGGUCAUAUCAUAUCAUCAAUAAUAAAUUCAUUGCAAAUGGCUUAAUCAAUGAUGAAUUCGAAAAAAGGCAUUCAUUCAUUGUCUUCUCAUCAACAUCAUCGACAAUAUUCAAAUCUUUUCAACAUGGUUUACAAUUUUAUUUACCAUUUAUUUCUAAUCAUGAAUUUGAUUGGCGUUCUUAUUCUCCUUCUUCUACCAUAACCGAUAUCGACCGAAUACAUCAAAUCUCCAUAGUGCGUAAUCAUUUCAAUGGUAAUAAACAUUUCCAGCUAACCAUUUCUGGUUAUACAGCUAAAGUAAACAUUGAAAGUAAUCAAUUUCUAGAGAAUUAUUGUCAAACGAACACAUUGAACAUGAAACAUCAGCAUCCUCCACUAUUCAAAACUGGUUUAUUUCAUUCUAAUGGUAUGGAACGUGAAAUCUACAUAAUUGAUAAUUAUUUUUCACGCAAUCGAAAUUGUUCAUAUAUAAUCCAACUGAAAGGUGAUAGUCAAUCAUCAUCAUCUCAUCUGAUUCAAUUAAAAUCUUUGAUGCAAAAAAAUAUUCUCCAAAAUAAUGAAAUAUGUAUGAAUAAUGAGAAAAGAUUGGAAUUUCUUAAUCCAUGGGAAUGUUAUACAAUGGGAGUUUUCGGUACACAAAAUAUUACAAUUAAAUAUAAUAGUUUUGAGAAUUGUCAAUCUAUUUCAGUCAACAAUAGUUAUCCAUGUUAUGAAUUAAUUGCUGGUAUAAAAUCGAUAAAAAUUCCCAACUACUUAGAUGCUCAACACAAUUAUUGGGGUACUGCAAAUUUCACAGAAAUACGUCAAUUUAUAUUUGAUUUUAAUCAAUGGAAUAGUUUAUCUUUAAUCAAUUUCAAUCCCUAUCUAACAUCAUUUCAUCCUAUAACUAAUCAUUUAUCACAAAAAAUCUCAAUAUUCACUAAAAUAAAUUCCUUGUUAAAUGUGGAACAAUUGUUAAAUGGUCGAAUAGAAAAUGACUUAUUUGUUCCAAGGCGUACAAAACCUUAUAAAAUCACAUCAGAUAUCACUGUCAUGCCUGGAGUAGAGCUACAUAUUGAAGCUGGUGUAAAAUUUGAAUUUGCUCCACAUAUUGGUUUAUUGGUACUUGGUCGAAUUGAAGCAAUUGGAACACAUGAGAAUCCGAUCAUUUUUACAUCAAUAAAUCAUUCUCAAUUGAAUUAUAAUAAGCAUCAAUCUACUUCACUAACAAAAUCCAAUUUAAUAUUGACAAAAUUUCGUAAACCAAACAUUGUCCAUACAAAUAACAAUCAUAACAAUAAACCAACUAUGAAAACUUAUCAAUCAGUGAAUAGGAUCACUUUAUCGUCAGACAGCGUUAGAUUAAUCGGUGGUGAACGGCCUAACGAAGGAUUUGUUCAAUUUUUUAAUCAUUCAAACAAAAAAUGGCAUAUUGCAUGUGAUCAUCAAUUCUCGACACGUGUAGCUCAAGUCGUAUGUUCAGAGUUCAAUAUGUCCACACUGGCUGCGAUUGUACGCUUCUCAAAUCUCUAUGAUCAUUAUGUGUAUGGAUUUGAAAAUUUAUUGAAUAUCAAGCAUUUUUGGAUGGAAAGUUACAUAUGUACUGGUUUUGAAAGUAAACUAACUCAUUGUCUUAAAAGACCAAAUUAUAAUGUUGUACAAUGUUUGAAACACAAAAACUUUGCCUUUUUACGUUGUAUACCUCACAUUAAUAGAAGUCUAUUGUUAACGGGAGAAAAAAUCAUAGAUUUAUCCACUUCAACUUGGGGUAAUAUUCGUAUUGUACAACAAACUAAUUCUGAACAUUAUUAUUCAAAUAAAUUGUCUAGUGAUUAUAAAACUUAUCCUAUAAAACAAUCGAUACUUGAACAUGUUAUUAUAGAAAAUGCAGGUCUACUACAUGGUGAACGUGUUCCAGCACUAACUACGGUGUAUGCUUAUCCAAAACUUUCAUUUAUCAAAAUUAAUCAUUGUCUUGAUUCUGGAUUUGAAUUUAUUGUACCAAAUGGUCCAAUUCAAGUUACUAAUUCUACUGUAUCAACAUGUUUUGGACAUGGAUUAGGUCUGACCAUAUUUCAUAGUGAUUCUACCGAUCCAGUUACUAUUGGAACAGAUUAUUCUAAAUCAUUUUAUGAUAUACAUCCAUCAACAUUCUCACUUGAACAACAACGACAAUCAUUAUUCCCUUUACCAAAACCAUCAAUUGAACAUUUAUUACUGAAUAAAAAUUUAUUCACCGAAUUCUUUCAUUCACCUUUAAUUGAAUAUCCAUUUAAAAAUGAAGAGAUUUUAAUGAAUUUCAUUUCAAUGUGUUCAAGUGAAAAAUUAAUUCAUCAUGUAUACAAUCGUAUUCUUGUUCAAUUUAAAUAUUCUUCUCAUUUAAUUGGUAUACAAUCAUGUAGAAAGAUAUUUCGUUCAAUAAUACCAGGACGUCGUCUGGCAUGGAGAUUUUUAGCCAUUAAUUUAUAUGAUGAUCCAUUGAUUAAAAAUUUCAUUCAGUUGUAUAAUGGUACAAAUCGAACUCUAAAUUCAAUAAUCACACUGAUAACACAUGAUACUUUAACAAUGCGUGAAAAUGAUCUAACCAAUAAAAAAAAUCAUUACACAUUUAUCACUUCACCAAUUCAUGAUGAAUUUACUGUACAUGUACAAGCUAGUUCAAUUAGUGAUGAUAAGUAUGGAUUUAUUGCGGAAAUUAUUAGUUUACCAUUAUCUGUUCAACGUAAACAGCAAGAAAUGAACAGAUUUAUAAGACAUGAAAUCGAUACGUGUGAGUUUAAUCAUAUUCAAGAUGGUGGAUUACGGAUAACAAGUAUUGGUGAAUUUGGACCAGAUAUACAUUUAUCAAAUCUUCGUUUCGAAGAAAAUGGUUUCGAUAUGUUGAAUUUAACUGGUCCACCAGCUCUAAAGCUGUACUUGACCAAUUCUCAUAAUCUAGUACUACAAAACUCUUACAUAACUAAACAUUCUGGUGAUAUAAUUCAAAUGGUUUUAUUAGCUAAUCAAUUAACCAAUGGAAUUCAAGCAAAUUUAACAAACAAUGUGAUUAUUCGAAAUCAAUUAGGCAGUAUUCUUCAAGUCUAUGGUAAUCAUUUCAAUUCAAUACAAGUAUUACGCAAUUAUAUAGCACAUAAUGAUUGUGGUUAUAGAACAAUGAUUCAUAUAAAUGGUGGUGUAUUAAGUCAACCAUUCGCAAACAAUUUCAUCUAUGAUAAUCGUGCUGAUAUACUACUUAUAUGUGAUGGAAAUGAAAAUUUCAAUCAAUAUUCCAUUUAUCAUACCAAUGGUUUCUAUCAUAAUCAAGCGUUAAAUUUCAUACAACGUACAACGAUAUUAUGUAAACAUUCUAACAAUAUAUUUCGAUAUAAUUAUUUUUAUAAUAUAUUCAAUGAUUAUGAACUUGUCACUGGUAAUCAAAGUAUAAUUAGUGUUCUACCCAUACAAUCAGAUUUUCAAUGUCCUCCACCUUCACCGCAUACAUCAUGCCCUCAAGAAUGGAGAAUACAUUUGGAAUAUGAUGCUUGCAUAUGUUAUCAAUUGGAUCAAAUCGAUGCACAAUACAACUGGUGGGGAGAUACCACAUUGUCGACUUCAUCAUCAUCAUUGUCUAACAAUCAACAAUCAUUGACAAAUUUCACAACCGAUGAUAAAAAUCACUAUCGAAUAACAACUUCCCGAAAUUUCGCACAAAAUCGAAUCUAUGAUUAUCAAGAUGAUUCAUAUCGAAUUGAAGUAAAUUAUGACAAUUUUUAUAUAAGUAAUAGUUCAAUAUUAGAACAAGGAAUUUAUUGUCCUCCAAAUUGGGAUUUUCAUCAAUUCAAUUGCUUUUAUUAUUUUGGUGUACCAAUGACAUAUCAAGAAGCAAAUAAUUUUUGUCAUUCUGAAGUUGGUGGAAUUUUAGCAACUUCACAUGAUCGUAUCGAUUGGUUGGGUAAAAAACUUAUCGAAUGGCAACAUAACUAUCACUGGAUAAAUAGACAUACAUGGGUUACUAGAGCAUGGGUAGAUAGUGAUGUUCAAUUUUCAACACAAUGUACUGUCAUUAGAAAUGGAUGGCUUGAACCAUAUUCAUGUAGCAAAAAAAUUGGAUUUAUUUGCCAGAAAAUUAAUGCUUAUGACUUUAACAGAACAAAGACCAUACGACCUUGGAAUGUUCAAACAAUGCAACAUGAAAUCCGAUCUUCCAUUCGUUUAAAUCAGCCUAUCAUAGAAUUUGAAAAUGAUUGA